GACAUUUGACUGAUUGAAGCUAAGGCACGUCCUAACAUGGUGGUUAAGGAAGAGGUGGCUGUGUCGUAUGCCAUGCAGGCUGGGAAGGUGGCGGGUGGGGUCCAACUGACUGAGGUGAAGGCGGUGAAACCUAGGAAGCGCCUGUCUAAAAAGAAAGGCGUGGAGGAGAAGCAGGUGGAGGCAGGACAGGAGCGCGACGUGGCCCCUUCUUCCCAUGACACCAAGAUGCAAGUGGCCACUGAUCUUAUUAAUGAUGGGAUGCAGGGUGCGGCGGAUUUAAAUGAUGAUGGAGUCCCGGAUGAGACAGCUUCGCUGAGCCCUUUCUCGAACGAUGAUGCUGGUAAUUUCGAGAUUAAACGCUGUGAUCCUGUGAAUGGCGGGCCUCGAUGUGUGGGGGUAAUGAAGGGCCGGGUCCGGCAAGUGGCUGAUAUUUUUGAAACAAGGCUUAAUAUUACGGCGGAGAUCGUACACCCAGCUAGUGUGAAAUUGGGAGGUCUUUCUCUGGAUGAAGGGGGCGCUUCGAGGGCUCCGUUGGAUGAAUAUGGCUCGAACCUCUUGGAUCCAACGAUCGGGGAUCGCAAGAGGUCCUUGAAGGAGGUUGUAGGGGGUUUGGAGGAGUCGCCCACACCCAAAAGGCAAUUUGUUGAAGAGAAGGAGAUGAAUGAUUCGGUGGAGGAAGCCAGCUGCGAGUGGCCCCAACCGGAUAAAUGAAGCUUCUGGCCUGGAAUGUGAGGGGAAUUGGACCACCACUCACAUUCCAAACUGCUGUAGGGUUAGUUCGAUCGAAUAAACCGGAUCUUGUUUUCUUCUCUGAGACUCGAUCGGGCCGGUGUGUUGUCUCUCGUCGUAUUAGGGGUUUGGGGUUUUCUGCUGAUCAUUGUUUCUUUGUUGAUGUUGUUAAUGCAUCGGGUGGGUUAGUUGUUGCUUGGUCCCCCGAAGUUAACGCUUCGGUGUUUUAUCAUUCAAACUUUUGUAUUGGUGUUCAAAUUAAUGAAGUCGAUUCUCAGUA